AUGAUUCUUUCAUUAUUAUCACUAAUGAUCGAUGGAAUUAUUAUCAUUUAUAGUAAACCAUUAGAUAUUGAAUCAGAUACACCAUUAACUAUAAGUUUUAAUCCAUCGUCUAAUCAAGUACAAUUAAAUCAACCAUUAAUAAUACGUUGUGAAGUUCAUUCAUUCAAUAAUAAACAAUUACAAGUCAAUAAUAAUAAUAAUAAUAAUAUACUUAAUGGUUAUAGUAUGUUCUUUCAAUGUCCUAUAGCUCCAUGGGGUAAAUUUUGUUUUCAUAAUUGUCAAUCUGCAUGUGUUGGUGAAAUACCUAAUCAAUGUCCAUAUGAUAAUGAAUUAAGUCUUAUUAAAUGUCGUACUGCUAUGACUGAACAAGAAGGUUUCUCAUGUAAAACAGCUGGAUUAGAAACACCAAAAAUUCCUUUAACUUUAGUUAAACCCAAUGAUAUUCAAUUGAAUACAAUGGAUCUAUCAAAGACUAAAACAUCAUCAUCAUCAUCUAAUCUCAUUCAAUGAUAUCUCAUUUGAAUAAAACUAUAUCUAAUGAAUAUAAUACACAGAAAGAUGAAUCUAAUCCAUUGAAUAAUGGAAUGAAUCAAUCGAUAAAACGAAUCAAUUCUGAACUUAAAGAAAGUUUCAAACAUUCGGUCUGUACAAGUUCGUGCUUGUUAGUAAGAAAUACCUGCUAUCUUUAGGAAAGUGAUGUUUCCUGUGAGAUUCUUUCUUAUUGGAUUCAGUUUCAUUAUGAGAGAUGGGACUGAUAAGUUAUUUACAAAGUGGCUCGUUUCAACCAACCGAAAAUUUGCUUUCAAAAUUUCUUACCGAUUCUCUUCAAUCGAAUAACAUCAAAACACAGUAUGCAUAGUGUUAGGUCUCUUGAACUAUUGAGGGAUAAAUAAUAUUUAUAUCAGUGUCAUGAGUGAUCAUUUAUUGAUAUAAAUACAUUGUUUCUAUCUAUCCCUUUGAAUUCUUAUAACCACUUAAUCCAGAAUCCCAGUAUCCCAUAAGUUGAAUUCAUAUUUUCAACUCUCUAGAUCAAAAACUCUGUGAAUCAUCUAACUGUCCGAUGAUGAACUUACUUACUUACGCCUGUUACUCCUCGUGGAGGAGCAUAGGUCGCUCACCAGCACAAUUCAUUCAACCCUGCCCUGGGCAAUCCUUCCCAGUUAUUUGCAGUUAUUAUUCGCUUGUUUCAUAUCUGCUUCUCUUUUCAAAUGUAAUAUGUUAUUUGGCCUUCCA